AUGGCCAACGACUCCACAUACAUUCUUUACAACUAUGACCCGUCGGCAGUUGCGGCGAUCAUCUUUGUCGUUCUCUUCGGAUUAACCACCUUGGUGCACAUUUUCCAAAUGAUCCGGAGUCGAUCAUGGUUCUUCAUUCCUUUCAUUAUAGGAGGAAUCUUUGAGGCUGUCGGCUAUGUCGGUCGCUAUCUUAACUCACAAGAAACCCCCGAUUGGACAACCGGCCCAUUUACCAUGCAAUCACUCUUGCUCCUUAUCGCACCAGCAUUCUUCGCCGCAUCCAUCUACAUGAUCCUGGGCCGCUCAAUCACCUCCACCGGCCAUGAUCAGCUCUCUGUCAUCCGAGUCAAAUGGCUGACCAAAAUCUUUGUCUGCGGAGAUGUGAUCUCGUUCCUCGCCCAGUGUGCUGGCGGUGGCUUCCUUGCUUCCGCAAAGAGUCAGUCCAAGAUUACCCUCGGACAAAACAUCAUCAUCGCCGGUCUUUUCAUCCAAAUUGCCUUUUUCGGAUUCUUCAUCGUGACUGCUGGUGUGUUCCAUUACCGGCUCUGGAAGUGCCGUGAUUGCGUUUCCAUGUCUGCUAUCACAGUGCCGUGGAAAAAGUGCUUGUUUGUCCUAUACACGGCUAGUCUGUUCAUCAUGAUUCGGUCUAUCUUCCGUGCCAUUGAGUAUAUUACCGGUACAGAUGGUCCGCUCAUGUCGACGGAGGUGUACCUAUAUGUCUUUGAUGCUGCUCUGAUGUUCUUGACUAUGAUUACCUUCAACAUCUUCUCUCCGAAGUCAUUGGUGACUCCCCGGUCGCCUAUACGUGACAUUGAGUCUCGGGCUAGUAACAAGGAAAUGGUCGAUUCCCAUCAAGGGGGUAACAUGGGGCCUCGACGGUCGCACAGGAAGUCCAGAAACGGCUGCCAAUCGUGCAAAGCCCGCAAGGUAAAAUGUGAUGAAACCAGGCCGCGCUGUAAUAACUGCUUCAAACACGGAGUACAAUGUCUCUUCGGCGAUGCCCCCGCAGGCCCCGCCGGGCAAUCAGUGUCACCUCCAACUCUCGGCACUUCCAGCGCCCCAAGUCCCGUCUCCUCGGGGGAGAACACCCCACCUAUGGGCAUGGCCGAGAUGGCUCUACUCCACCACUUCUCUACAUCAACCUGCUAUACAGUUUCACGCAGCCCAGUUCUGCAAACAGUAUGGCAAAUCCGGAUCCCGCAAGUCAGUUUCUCGUCGCCAUUCGUAUUCCGCGCCAUCAUCGCUCUUUCCGCGCUGCAUCUGGCUCAUAUAAAGCCCGAAUUCCACGACCAUUAUGUCUCACAAGCCGAGUUUCACCAUAACACCGCCUUGCAAAUGGUGUCCGCCAUCCUGCCAGAUGUUAAUAAGGAGAAUUGUCAAAGCAUAUAUGUCUUUUCGAUCCUGACCUGCAUUAUCUCCUGCGCCAAGCCGCGCAUCAGACACGACUUUUGGGCAAAUAGUGAUCGAGAUAUCGAGUGGUUGAACCUGUUUCGUGGCACAAUACACAUCCUGGAGUCAGCAGGUGACUCCAUUAGGACGGGACUGCUAGCACCGAUGUUUGAGAUGGGCCAACGCAGGAAGCUGGCUCGGGAUGCGAGGUCUGCCACGGCCACACCGCCGUUUCUUCUAGUCUUGAAACAGUUCUUGCAGGAUACAGUUCAGGAUAACAGUGAGCUGCGGUGCUAUCACGAGUCAAUCGAUGAUAUGGCGAUGUCAUUCGCUACUAUUGACGAAAUUGGAUCACAUCACUGCGAGACUGCUGAUGUAUUUAUUUGGUUGUUGAGAGUUUCGGAUCAAUAUUUUGGGUACUUCCAGCAGCGCACGCCUGAAGCGAUGGUUAUUUUUGCAUAUUUUUGCGUUGUUAUGAAGGAGAUGGAAUGGGCUUGGUGGAUGCAGGGGUUCAGUGUCCACACUAUCAGUGGUAUUUAUUAUCUUUUGGAUGAGGAGCAUCGUUGCUGGUUACAAUGGCCUAUGCAACAGCUGGGAUGGGUUCCGUGA